AUGAUAGACUUUGGAGGGUGGCUACCAGGCGGAGGUGGCGCCAAGCAGGGCGCUGCAGAAGGUGGAAAGGGCGUCAUGGAGUUGGAGCUGCCUGUCGGAGAAGAAGGCGAGAGUGGGAGACCCACACCAAGAUGGCAGGAGGCCAGGGAGUGGAAAGAGGAUACUGGAGGCGGGUUUGAAGCAUCGGUGAUAGGCAGAAUGAUUGGAGAUGUAGCAAGAGGUGUCAACUUCACAAUGAGUGAGGCGAAGGAAGAGAAAAAGGACGAUGACGAAGAUCCGCGAUUGGACUUCAUCUUUGCGUAUCUCGCAAGAUCGCUGAGAAUAAAAUCCGAAAAAUGGACGAAAAUGUUGAGCAACGAAGACACGAAUAAAAUUGUGAUGGAUUUUUUGGAUAAGACAACAGAAUAUUUGUUAAUUGUCACAGUCAAUACUGCUGGACAGCUUAUACCUAUCAACAGUUUCCCAGUUAACAGUAAAACAAAAUGUUGUUAUUUUAUCAAAUGUUACAAAGAGCCAGUAACAUCUCAGAACUAUCAGAAAGUAUUGCUUUGUGGAGAUAUGUCAUCAAAACCUAUUGAUGAAUUAUCUGUUUUAGUUGCAGAGGUUUUUGUACCUCUUCUAUCAAACCCUGGGAAUCACAGAGGAUGGCCAAAAGUUGUGGCAGAGGAUAUACAAAGACAUAUACAUGAACUCAAAAGCAUUGUGUAUGAAGUUAGAGGAAAAAUUACUGGCCAUACACUACUGCCAAUGCCAGCUGGAGUGGAGAGAGUUCACCAAGCCCUAGUUGAUAUUACUGAGAGCAAAGGCGAAAAAGUAGACCUGUACUUGAAAAGUGCAAUUGAAGGAGUGAUCAUCAAAUGGGCAACACAGAUAAAUGAAGCUGUAAAGGAAGAAUCUUCUGAUGCCUUUGAAAAUGGUCAGCACCCAACACCUGCAGCUGAAAUUUUGUUUUGGAAUAACCGUCUGAAGAACAUGGAAAAUUUGUACCAUCAGAUGCGUGACCCUCGAGUUGUGGAUAUGGCUUCAAUACUAGAGCUGACUGAUAGUGCAUAUUUCCCAUGCUUCAAGUCAAUGUUCCGCAAUGUAGUAGCAGCUGUUGCAGAAGCACGUGACAUAGUCAUAUACUUGAAGCCACUGCAAAAAUAUUUUGAUCAGUUAGAAAAUACCAUCUUUUGUGAAUGUCAACCUAUUUUGUGGCCACUUAUGCAUACAGUGUGCCUCGUGUGGGCAAACAGCCGAUAUUACUGCAACAAUUCAAAAAUUACUGUACUUAUAAAGGAAAUAUGUAAUCUGCUUAUUCAAGAGGCAAUUAAAUACCUAGAUCAAUCUACCAUUUUCCAAGCAGAAGUUGAAGAGUCAUAUGACAAGAUUCUGAAGUGUAUCGAUACACUUGAACUUUUUCAUGAUAUCUUUGAUGAAUGUCGCACAUCUCUAGCAUCAUACUUUAAGGGAAAUAAUGAACCAGUUCCUUGGACUUUUGACACAAAAUUGGUAUUUGAAUAUGAAAAUCAAUUUAUGGACAGAUUGAAGCUAAUUAAGGAGUUCUUUGUGACAGCACUUGAAUUUUUUAAACUGGAGAAAGUUGAGAUUGGAGGAGGGAAGGGGCGAGUACUUGGCCCAAAAGUACAAAAAAUUUACUCUGAUUUUUGUGACUUAUAUGGUCAAUUUGGGAGCAUUACAUACAAUCCAUUUGACCCCACUGAUAAAAGUUUUGUGAAAGAUUAUUCAGUCUUCAGAGAGAAAAUUGAGGACUUUGAUCGCAAACUUGCUACUCUUUUGUGUCAAGCCAUUGAUGAUUGCUACAAUCUUGAGAGCAUUUACAAGUUUAUCAACAUAGCUGGGACCCUUCUUGAACGUGAUAUUGUUAAGACGGCAAUUGAGCCAAAGUACUCUGUCAUUCUCACAAUGUUAGGAGAAGAGAUGGCCACUGUUCAGGAACUUUUUGAAGAACAUCAGAUGCUGUACUCACAGAGGAAGUAUGUGCCCGCUGAUAUGAAUUUCCCUCCAGUGGCUGGAGCCAUUAUGACAAUCCACAAAUUACGAGAGAGAGUUCGACCGCAUAUUGAGAACUUGAAAUCAUUUGAUAAUCCACUGAGGAAGUCUGAAGAAGCAGAAAACCUCAUAAGAAGAUGUGAUAAUUUAUUUGAAUCUCUUGAUUCAUUUGAAGAUUAUAUUUUCACUAAUUGGAUGACCACCGUUCCUAACAUCUGUGCAGAAAAUCUAAAUAAAACCAUAUUAACAAGAAAGAAGGGUUUUACUCUGAACUUAAACUUCAGUGAAGAACUUGUAAUACUUCUCCGAGAAGUGAGAUACUUAAAGAUGCUGGGGAAAGAUGGGAUCCCUGAGGAGGCCAUCAACCUGCAUCAGAGGGAUGAAACAUUUAGACAGUGGAUAUUCAGCCUGAAUGCUUGCAUUAACUCGUACAACCAGAUUAGGCAAUGCAGCCAUCCAGUUGAAUUUGAUUUGGUUGUUGAUGAUAUUGAACGUAUUGACUUAUUGAUUUCUGAGGCACAUGAAUCACUAAACUGGAAUUCUGCAGUUUGGGAUUUUGUUGAUAAAUUCAAAAGCAUGGUAAAACAACUUCAUGAGAGAGUUACUAAUGCACAAUCAAAUAUUAAAAAAAUCAGAGAUCUUAUGGGUGCUUGGUCUACAACUCCAUUAUAUGAACGGAAGGAGCGAAAGAAAUUUGCUCUGCUUAAUAUUGAAGACCGUUUGGAAAAUGUGCAAAAGAGGUAUGUUCAAGUUCAAAGUUUCUCUCUUGAAAUUGAACAUGUCAUUUCUCAUUUGCAGUUGAAGCUGAAUGAUAAAAAAUGUAGUGAGAAAUGGCUGGCCUACGUAAGAUAUGUUGAUGAAAUCGUAACUGAAGGGCUUCUAAAUGCUAUUGGAGGCAGUUUGCAGUUCCUCAUGGAUGAAAUGGAUGAGAAACGUAAAAGGCCACCCUUGUUUGAAGUAUCACUAGAGUUACAGGAACCAGACCUUGUAUUUGUUCCUUCACUGGAUGUAAAUGACCCUAAAAGUUUCUAUUCUCUUAUCCAGAGCAUUAUAAAUGACAUUACAUACAUGGCUACUAUUAUUCCUCGUGUAGCUCCGAACCCUGGACAAAUUGAUUAUAAGGAAGAAAUGGAGUCAAAUGCAGACUUAAUUGAAAUGAAAGAAGAAACACUGACACGUGUUCAGCAAGUAAUAGAUCAAGCUAUAUCUUAUUGCGAAAAUUUUGAAGAACAUUCAUAUCUGUGGUUGGAUGACCGUGAAGCAUUUCUUGAACAGUUUUUGGAAUAUGGUCCCCAGCUGACAUGUGAAGAAGUUGACACUACAAACACUGGUACGGAAGAGCAACAAGAAGUUGACACGAAACCUACUCUGCAGCACUUCAAAGAGCAGAUCGAUCAUUAUGAAAAUCUAUAUAUGGAGAUAGAAAGGAUGGAUACAGAAAAAAUAUUUUCUAGUUGGUUUCGUGUAAACUUGCGUCCAUUUAAACAAGCUUUACUUAACACAGUAUGCAAAUGGAGCAAUAUGCUAAAGCAGUAUUUAGCAGUACACGUCAAAAACAGCCUUCAAGAGCUAAAUGACUUUAUUGAUGAAGCAGAUAAUGGUCUCCUGCAGCCAGUUUUGGAAGGGGACUAUGAUGGCCUUCUGAAAGUAAUGGGGUACCUGUUUCAUGUAAAGGAAAGGACACCAAAAACAGAUGAAAUGUUUGAGCCUAUUAAGGAAAUGAUUGAUCUGCUAAAGACAUAUGAUGUUGAAUUUUCAGAAGAAGUGUACUUACAGCUACAGGAACUGCCUGAACGAUGGAAUGCUACAAAGAAGACUGCUGUAACUGUGAAACAGCAAGUUACUCCACUUAUGGCUGCUGAGGUUACGCUUAUCAGGAAGCGAAUAAACUUAUUUGACCUGAGACAAAACCAGUAUCGAGAAUAUUUUCGAAAACUGGAUUUAUUCAAGUAUGGCUGUGAUGAUGCAUACACUUUAAUGGAUGUUACACAUACCAUAAUUACAGAAAUGGAAGAGCAAAUGACAGUGCUCCAGGAACAGGCAUCAUUAUUUGAAGUGACAGUCCCUGAAUACAAGCAACUUAGGACAUGUUGCAAAGAAAUAAAAAUGUUAAAGACUUUAUGGGACUAUAUAUACAUUGUGAGAUCAUACAUAGAUGACUGGAAGACUACACCAUGGAAGAAAAUUGAUGUAGAAAACAUGGAUCAGGAAUGCAAAAAGUUUGGUAAAGAAAUCCGAGGUCUCGAUAAGGAAAUGCGAUCCUGGGAUGCCUAUGUAGGUCUUGAGGCUACUCUGAAGAAUUUGAUGACCUCUCUCAGGGCUGUGACAGAAUUACAGAAUCCCGCAAUAAGAGAGCGACACUGGGAACAGCUAAUGGCAGCCACAAAGGUUAAAUUUGUAAUGGAUGGUUCAACAACUUUAGCUGAUCUAUUGGCUCUUAACCUACAUGAGUUUGAAGAUGAAGUUAAGAAUAUUGUUGACAAAUCUGUUAAAGAAAUGUCAAUGGAAAAGGUACUUAGGGAACUUGAAAUUACUUGGGCAGCUAUGGAAUUUGAUCAUGAAGUUCACACUCGUACUAACUGCGUUAUUUUGCGAGCUAGUGAGGAGCUAAUAGAAACUCUUGAAGAAAACCAGGUAUUGUUACAAAAUCUCAUGAGCUCAAAGUACAUUGCAUAUUUUUUGGAAGAAGUUUCAGACUGGCAGAGGAAAUUGUCCAAUGCAGAUCAAGUAAUAUCGAUAUGGUUUGAAGUUCAGCGCACCUGGAUGCAUUUGGAAUCUAUAUUUAUUGGAUCUGAAGAUAUCCGUAACCAGCUACCAGAAGAUUCUAAAAGAUUUGAUAAAAUUGAUAAAGAAUUUAGAGAAAUGUUAGAAGUUAUGUCAAAGAUGCCAAAUGUUGUUCAAGCCACAAACUGUCCUCACUUGUUUGAAAGGCUGGAGGUUCUUCAGGAACAACUUACACUGUGUGAAAAAGCUUUGGCUGAAUAUCUGGAAACUAAGAGACUGGCAUUUCCACGCUUUUAUUUUGUUUCUUCUGCUGACCUGUUGGAUAUUUUAUCUAAUGGAAACCAACCUGAACUUGUAGCAAGGCAUCUCACAAAGCUGUAUGAUUCUCUUGCGAGACUCAAAUUCUGUCAGGAAGAUGGCAAAAAUACCAAGUAUGCAGAAGGAAUGUUUGCUAAGGAUGGAGAAUAUGUUGAGUUCAAUGGACAGUGUGACUGUUCAGGCAAGGUGGAGGUUUGGUUGAGCAGAUUAACUGACACAAUGCGUCAGACAUGUCGCUAUUACUUUGGUGAAGCUGUAUCAUCAUAUGAUGAAAAACCACGUGAACAGUGGCUUUUUGACUUUCCAGCUCAGGCAUCUCUCUGUGGUACUCAGAUUUGGUGGACAUCUGAAGUGAACAUGUCUUUCUCCAGACUUGAAGAGGGUUUUGAAAAUGCGCUUAAAGAAUACCAAAAAAAGCAAAUAAUGCAGCUUAGUAUUCUGAUUUCACUCUUACUGGGCGAUUUAACAAAAGGAGACAGACAGAAGAUAAUGACAAUAUGUACCAUAGAUGUUCAUUCCCGUGAUGUUGUGGCUAAAAUGAUUCAGAUGAAAGUGGAGAGUGCAUCAGCAUUUCAGUGGCAGUCUCAGUUGAGACACAGAUGGGACGAUCAGUUAGCAGAUUGCUUCUGCAACAUAUGUGAUGCUCAAUUUCAGUAUGCUCAUGAGUAUCUUGGCAACACACCACGGCUUGUGAUAACCCCUUUAACAGACCGCUGCUAUAUUACAUUAACCCAGUCCUUGCAUUUGACAAUGGGAGGAGCCCCAGCAGGACCAGCUGGUACUGGGAAGACAGAGACCACAAAAGACCUAGGGAGGGCCAUGGGUGUUAUGGUAUAUGUGUUCAACUGCUCUGAACAGAUGGAUUACAAGUCAUGUGGCAACAUCUACAAAGGCCUUGCACAAACUGGAGCUUGGGGAUGUUUUGAUGAAUUCAACCGAAUUUCAGUGGAAGUAUUAUCUGUAGUAGCAGUGCAGGUGAAAUCCGUACUAGAUGCCAUAAAAGGCACCAAAAAAACUUUUAGCUUCAUGGGCCAGGAAAUAGCCCUUGUGCCAACAGUUGGCAUGUUUGUCACCAUGAAUCCUGGAUAUGCUGGCAGGACAGAGCUACCUGAGAACCUGAAGGCAUUGUUCAGACCGUGUGCCAUGGUGGUGCCUGAUUUUGAGUUAAUAUGUGAAAUAAUGUUGGUAGCUGAAGGAUUUCAAGAGGCUCGUAUCUUGGCUCGGAAAUUCAUUACUUUAUACACUCUUUGUAGAGAGCUACUGUCUAAACAGGAUCAUUAUGACUGGGGUUUAAGGGCCAUCAAGUCUGUUCUUGUUGUGGCUGGCUCACUCAAGCGUGGAGAUCGAGGCAGACCUGAGGAUCAAGUAUUGAUGAGAGCUUUGAGGGACUUCAACAUACCUAAAAUUGUAACAGAUGACAUACCAGUUUUCAUGGGACUUAUAGGUGACUUGUUUCCAGCUCUUGAUGUGCCAAGAAAGAGAGACUUAGAAUUUGAAAAAAUGGUAAAGCAAGCUGCACUUGACUUGAAACUACAGCCUGAAGACAAUUUUAUUUUAAAGAUUGUUCAACUUGAAGAAUUAUUAGAAGUACGACAUUCAGUAUUUAUUGUUGGCAAUGCCGGAACAGGAAAAACUAUGGUUUGGCGCUCAUUGUUCAAAACAUAUCAGAAUAUGAGAAGAAAACCUGUAUUCAAUGAUCUUAAUCCUAAGGCAGUUACAAACGAUGAACUUUUUGGCAUAAUCAAUCCAGCAACAAGAGAGUGGAAGGAUGGCCUUCUUUCAGCCCUCAUGCGAGAUCAGGCCAAUUUAUCUGGUGAUGGACCAAAAUGGAUUGUUCUUGAUGGAGACAUUGACCCUAUGUGGAUUGAAUCUUUAAACACAGUAAUGGAUGACAAUAAAAUUUUGACACUUGCUAGUAAUGAGCGUAUUGCUCUAACACCUGUGAUGCGCCUGCUUUUUGAAAUAUCCAGUUUACGAACUGCCACACCUGCCACAGUAUCUCGAGCAGGAAUAUUGUAUCUAAAUCCUCAGGAUCUUGGAUGGAACCCGUAUGUCACCAGUUGGGUGGAGACUAGAGAACACCAAGCUGAGAGAUCAAAUCUCAUUGUCUUAUUUGACAAGUACAUUCCUUCAUGCCUUGAAGCUCUGAGAAUGCGAUUUAAGAAAGUAACUCCCAUAGCUGAAAUUUCACAUAUACAAAUGCUGUGCCACCUAUUAGACUGUCUCAUAAUACCUGCAAAUCUGCCAAAUGACUGUCCAAAGGAAUGGUAUGAGAUAUAUUUUGUCUUUGCUUGUGUGUGGGCUUUUGGUGCUGCAAUUUGCCAAGAUCAGUUGGUAGAUUACCGUGUGGAAUUUUCAAAAUGGUGGGCAAAUGAAUUUAAGACGGUGAAAUUUCCAUCACAAGGAACUGUUUUUAAUUAUUUUGUUGACCAUGAAACUAAGAAAUUUCUGCCAUGGGAGGAAAAAGUUCAAAAAUUUGAACUUGAUUAUGAUAUACCACUCCAGUCAUUCUUGGUAUCCACAAAUGAAACUACUAGAAUACGUUAUUUUAUGGAUCUAUUGAUGCAAAAGAGGUUACCUCUUAUGCUUGUCGGAGUGUCUGGUUCAGGCAAAAGUGUUAUUGUAGCUGAUAAAUUAGGAAGUCUGUCAGAGAACUAUGUUAUUACCAAUGUACCUUUCAACUUUUAUACGACAUCCGAAAUGCUACAGAAAGUUCUGGAAAAACCAUUGGAGAAGAAAGCAGGACGCAACUUUGGACCACCUGGAAAUAAGACAAUGAUUUAUUUCAUUGAUGACAUGAACAUGCCAGAAGUGGAUGCAUACGGCACUGUACAGCCUCAUACAUUAAUACGGCAAUAUUUUGAUUACUGCCAUUGGUAUGAUCGCAACAAAUUGACACUUAAGGAUAUUCACAACUGUCAGUACGUCUCAUGCAUGAACCCAACAUCAGGAAGUUUUACAAUCAAUCCUAGACUUCAGCGACAUUUCUGUGUCUUUGCUGUGAAUUUCCCAUCUGAUGAACCACUGUUUCACAUCUAUCACUCAAUCCUCAGUCAACACUUGGCAAAUCCAAUACUUAAAUUCAGCAACAAUGUCUGCAAGAUUUCAUCAGCACUAGUGAAAGCAGCACUGGCGUUACACCAAAAAAUGGCAGCAAUGUUUCUUCCUACGGCCUUAAAAUUUCAUUACAUCUUCAAUCUUCGAGACUUAUCAAAUAUUUUUCAGGCAAUGCUCUUCACUGUUGCUGAUUGUUUGCCAAAUCAAAAUGAACUGAUACGGCUGUGGAUGCAUGAAGCAACUCGUGUGUAUGGAGAUAAACUAGUGGACAAUAGUGAUAUUGAAAGCUUUAACAAAAUACUACAUGACAUUGUUAAGAAAUCAUUUGAAGAACUAGAUGAAAGUGUAUUUCAUAAACCACUUAUAUUUUGUCAUUUUGCAGAUGGUAUCGGAGAAAGCAAAUACAUGCCUGUGAAAGACUGGAAUGUGCUGAGAAGAUUACUUGAAGAUGCUUUGGCACAGUAUAAUGAUCUUGUAGCUGCCAUGAACUUGGUUAUGUUUGAGGAUGCAAUGCAUCAUGUGUGUCGUAUAAAUCGCAUAUUGGAAUCUCCAAGAGGAAAUGCCCUUCUUGUUGGAGUAGGUGGAAGUGGAAAACAGUCAUUAUCUCGUCUUUCAGCAUUUAUUUCAUCUCUUGAAGUCUUCCAGAUCCAGUUACGAAAAGGAUAUGCAAUUAAUGACAUGAAAUCGGAUUUGGGAAAUCUGUAUUACAAAGCUGGCUUGAAAAGUGUGGGGAUAAUGUUUCUGAUGACUGAUUCACAAGUGGCUGAAGAGAAGUUCUUAGUUCUUGUGAAUGACAUGCUAGCAUCUGGAGAGAUCCCAGAAUUGUUUUCUGAUGAUGAAGUAGAAAAUAUUGUUUCUGGAUUAAGAAAUGAAGUUAAAGCAUCAGGUUCUAUUGAUAACAGAGAAAACUGUUGGAAGUUUUUUAUCGAUCGUGUUCGCCGACAACUAAAGGUGGUAUUGUGUUUUUCUCCAGUUGGAUCUACAUUACGUGUAAGGGCUCGUAAGUUCCCAGCAAUUGUGAACUGCACAUCUGUUAAUUGGUUUCAUGAAUGGCCACAGAAGGCAUUAGAAUCUGUAUCAGAACGUUUUCUGUCAGAAAUUUCUGUGCUACCUUCAAAGCUACACAAGUCUGUGUCUCUUUUCAUGGCUUAUGUGCACACAGUUGUGAAUGAAAUGUCACUCACUUAUUUACAAAAUGAACGCCGCUAUAAUUACACUACACCUAAAUCAUUUUUAGAACAGAUCAGUUUGUAUUCAAAACUUCUGCACGAAAAAACUGCUGAGCUACAAGCUCGUAUUUAUCGUUUAACAAAUGGUCUGGAAAAAUUAGCUUGCACUGCUCAACAAGUGGAUGGUCUGAAAGAAGUACUGGCAAAUCAGCAGGUGACUCUUAAAGAAAAGAAUGACGCUGCUGACAAAUUAAUACAAGUUAUUGGGGUUGAAACAGAGAAGGUGUCUAAGGAAAAGGCAAUUGCUGCUGAGGAAGAAAGAAAGGUAAGAAUAAUUGAAGAAGAUGUGAGCCAAAAGCAAAAAAUGUGUGAGGAAGAUUUGAUGAAGGCUGAACCUGCACUUGUUGCUGCUCAAGAAGCAUUGAAUACAUUGAAUAAAAGUAACCUCACAGAACUUAAAUCAUUUGGAGCACCACCGCCAGCAGUGGUCAAUGUUACUGCUGCUGUCAUGGUCCUGUUUGCACCAAAAGGUAGAAUCCCUAAAGAUAGAAGCUGGAAAGCAUGUAAAGUUAUGAUGGCAAAGGUUGAUUCUUUUCUAGACAGUUUAAUACAUUAUGACAAGGAAAACAUCCACCCUGAGGUAAUUAAAGCUUUGCAACCAUACCUUCAAGACCCAGAAUUUGUACCUGAAAACAUACAGGGCAAGUCACUUGCCGCUGCAGGUCUCUGUGCUUGGGUUAUAAACAUCAUGAAAUUCUAUGAAGUUUAUGUUGUUGUUGAGCCAAAGAGACGUGCACUGAACCAAGCCAAUGCAGAGCUAGCUGCAGCUAGGGAACGAUUAAAUUCCCUGAAAGACCAAUUGAAUUCCCUUGAAGCCAAGUUGGCAACAUUAACACAUGAAUUUGAAGAAGCUGUUGCUGAAAAAGUAAAAUGUCAGCAGGAAGCUGAUUCUACUUCACUCACUAUUGACUUAGCAAAUCGUCUUGUUAAUGGCCUAGGAUCAGAGAACAUUCGCUGGAGAGAAAGUGUGGCUACUCUUAAACAAGCUGGAAACAUGCUGCCUGGUGACGUUCUUUUGGUAACAGCAUUUAUUUCUUAUGUCGGUUGCUUCACUCGGAAAUACAGAAUUGACCUACAAGAAAAAUAUUGGCUUCCUUACCUGAAAAAGCUAGAUCCACAAAUUCCACUUACACUGGAUGUGGAUCCCUUGACUCUACUAACUGAUGAUGCUCAGAUUGCCAAGUGGAACAAUGAAGGCCUACCAAGUGAUCGAAUGUCUGCAGAAAAUGCAACAAUCUUGACCAAUUCAACUCGUUGGCCACUUAUGAUAGAUCCGCAGCUCCAAGGAAUUAAGUGGAUCAAAAAUAAAUAUGGAGAAAGCCUAAAAAUUGUUCGCUUAGGGCAGAAAAUGUAUCUUGAAGUGAUUGAAGGGGCUCUGUCAAAUGGGGACACUGUAUUGAUUGAAAAUAUUGGUGAAUCAAUUGAUGCUGUUCUGGAUCCAUUAUUGAGUCGAAAUCUGAUAAAGAAAGGAAAAGCUAUAAAAAUUGGUGACAGGGAAGUUGAUUAUAAUCCAAACUUUCGACUAAUUUUGCACACCAAGUUGGCAAAUCCUCAUUAUAAACCUGAAAUGCAAGCACAAACAACUCUGAUUAAUUUUACUGUUACAAGAGAUGGAUUAGAAGAACAGCUAUUAGCGGAGGUUGUAAAAGCUGAACGCCCAGAUCUAGAGAAACUGAAGGCUGACCUCACUAAGCAACAAAAUGAUUUCAAAAUUACACUUAAAAUGCUUGAAGAUGACCUCCUGCAUAGGUUAGCUUCUGCAGGAGAAAAUAUUUUGAAGGACACAGCCCUAGUGAUAAAUCUGGAGACCACAAAGAAGACUGCAGCAGAAAUUGAGAUAAAAGUUUCUGAAGCUAAGGUAACUUCUGUUCAGAUUGACGAAGCCAGAGAACAGUACCGCUCAGCGGCUACAAGAGCAUCACUGCUGUACUUUAUUUUGAAUGACCUGCACAAAAUAAAUCCAAUAUACCAGUUUUCACUGAAGGCUUUCAGUGUUGUCUUUUAUAAUGCAAUGAUGUGUGCACGUAAAGAUGAUAACAUUCAGAAAAGGGUAUUCAAUCUCAUUGACAGCAUAACAUUUGGUGUUUAUAUGUAUACAAGUCGGGGACUUUUUGAAUGUGACAAAUUAAUUUUUAUGGCUCAGAUGGCUAUUCAGAUUCUUUUAAUGGAUAAUCAGAUAGACCCAGCAGAACUUGACUUUUUGUUACGAUAUCCAGCAAACCCUAAUGUUACCAGCCCUGUUGAUUUUCUUACUAAUCUGAGCUGGGGUGGGAUCAAGACACUUUCUGCAAUGGACGAAUUCAGAAAUCUCGACCGUGACAUAGAAGCUUCAGUGAAGCGAUGGAAGAAAUUUGUGGAAUCAGAAACACCUGAGAGAGAGAAGUUUCCUCAGGAGUGGAAGAACAAGUCAGAAUUGCAACGGUUAUGUAUGUUGAGAGCUUUGAGGCCUGACAGAAUGACAUAUGCUAUGAGAGUAUUUAUUGAGGAAAAAUUAGGCAGCAAGUACAUUGAAUCAUGGACUAUUGAAUUUUCAAAAUCAUAUGAAGAAAUGAGUUCAAGCACACCAGUGUUCUUUAUAUUGUCACCAGGCGUUGAUCCACUAAAAGAUGUAGAAAAAGUUGGAAGGAAACUUGGCUUUACAUUUGAUAAACAUAAUUUUCACAAUGUCUCUUUGGGUCAAGGCCAGGAAGUUGUUGCUGAGGAAGCAAUGGACAUUGCUGCUAGGGAAGGGCAUUGGGUUAUACUACAGAAUAUUCAUCUCGUCAAGAACUGGUUGCCAUAUUUGGAGAAAAAAAUGGAACAUUGUGCUGAAAUAGCACAUCCCAACUUUCGUCUUUUCAUGAGUGCAGAGCCAUCACCUGAUCCAGCUUUCCACAUUAUCCCUCAAGGAAUUCUGGAGUCUUCAAUAAAAAUUACUAAUGAGCCACCCACAGGAAUGCUUGCAAAUCUUCAUAAAGCCCUUGAUAAUUUUUCACAGGAGACACUUGAGAUGAGCACCAAAGAAGCAGAGUUUAAAGCUAUAUUAUUUUCUCUCUGUUACUUCCACGCAGUAAUAGCAGAACGUCGAAAAUUUGGGCCACAAGGCUGGAACAGAAUUUAUCCUUUCAAUGUUGGUGAUUUGACAAUAAGUGUGAAUGUCCUGUAUAACUAUCUUGAGAAUAGUGCAAAAGUACCAUGGGAAGAUCUUCGUUAUCUGUUUGGAGAAAUAAUGUAUGGGGGUCAUAUUACCGAUGACUGGGAUCGUCACUUGUGUCGAACAUACCUUUCAGAGUACCUACGACCAGAGCUCCUUGAUGGUGACCUCUCUUUGGCACCUGGUUUCCUAGCACCUCCAAAUACAGAUUUACAAGGUUAUCAUAAUUACAUUGAUGCUUACCUGCCAGCAGAGACGCCAUAUUUAUAUGGGCUGCAUCCAAAUGCAGAAAUAGGUUUUCUGACUACCACAUCAGAGACCUUGUUUCGUACAGUUUUAGAAAUGCAACCUCGUGAGGCUGGAGCAUGUGGUACAAGCACUCUUACACGAGAAGAAAAGGUUAAGCAGGUUCUCGAUGAUAUAUUAGACAAACUACCUGAAGGCUUUAACAUAGCUGAAAUUAUGGCUAAAGUAGAAGAGCGAACACCAUAUAUAAUAGUUGCAUUCCAAGAAUGUGAAAGAAUGAAUAUUCUGUCGUCAGAAAUGAAGCAAUCUCUGAGGGAACUGGAUCUUGGACUUAAGGGUGAACUGACUAUAACAACAGAUAUGGAGGAAUUGGAAGCAUCUCUUUUUAUGGAUCAGGUCCCGGCAAGGUGGACAAAACUUGCUUAUCCAUCCAUGAUGACAUUAGGUCCUUGGUUUGCCGAUUUUAUGCUAAGGCUACGUGAACUAGAAGGGUGGUCAACUGAUUUCCAGUUGCCAUCAUCUGUUUGGCUUGCUGGUUUCUUUAACCCACAAUCAUUCUUAACUGCAAUUAUGCAGUCUACUGCAAGAAAAAAUGAAUGGCCUUUGGACAGAAUGUGCCUUCACUGUGAAGUAACAAAAAAGCAAAAGGAGGAAUUUACAACUCCACCUAGAGAAGGUGCAUACAUUCACAGUCUUUUCAUGGAGGGAGCAAGAUGGGAUCCGCAGACUGGAGCCAUUGUAGAAGCUCGUUUGAAAGAACUAUUUCCUACUAUGCCUGUUAUUUUCAUUAAGGCUAUAACACAAGAUAAGCAAGAUCUCCGUAACAUGUAUGAGUGCCCAGUCUACAAAACACGUGUACGGAAUCAAACAUAUGUUUGGACAUUUAAUUUGCGAACACGUGAGAAACCAGCAAAAUGGACUUUGGCAGGAGUUGCUAUUUUAUUACAAAUAUAAUCAUAUAUUAAUAACAUCUUAUA